AUCUAUAUAACCUCUCCUUCAUGUCAAAAUUUGAUACAAAGAGAAAAACAUUGGAACAAUUAAAAGAAACAAAAUUUCCAAAUUGAUUCUUGUGUUUUCUACAUAAACAAGAACCAAUGACAGAUAUUUUCACUUUCUUUACGAUCCAAAAUCGUAAUGACCACUUCGACUUUGUUUUAGCUACAAUAGUCAUAUCCUCUGUUUUUUGGUAUAUAUGGGUUUACGUCAAAUCGAAACGACUGUUUCCACCGUUACCACCGGGACCUCGGGGUCUUCCCAUCGUCGGAAACCUCCCAUUCCUCCACCCGGAGCUUCACACCUACUUUCACAGUCUAGCUCAAAAACACGGACCCGUUUUCAAACUAUGGCUCGGCGCAAAACUAACCAUCGUGAUAACCUCUUCCGAAGCAACGCGGGAUAUUCUAAGAACUAAUGACGUCAUCUUUGCGAACGACGACGUUCCCGUCGCAGGCUCACUCAGCACGUAUGGUGGCGUAGACAUUGUCUGGUCACCGUACGGACCAGAAUGGCCAAUGCUAAGAAAAAUCUGCAUUAACAAAAUGUUAAGCAACGCCACGUUGGAUUCAAAUUCUUUUAGUGCACUUCGCCGCCAGGAGACCAGGCGAACAGUCCGGUAUUUGGCAGACCGGGCUCGGGCCGGGUUGGCGGUUAACGUUGGAGAACAAAUAUUUGUCACGAUAUUAAAUGUGGUGACUCAGAUGUUGUGGGGAGAAACUGUUGCGGACGACGAGGAGAGAGAGAAAGUUGGAGCUGAAUUUUUGGAAUUGAUUACGGAAAUAAUUGAUGUUGUGGGAAAGCCAAAUGUCUCUGAUUUUUUCCCGGUUUUGAGCCGGUUUGACCUUCAGGGUUUGGCUAAGCGUGUGCGUAGAUCGGCUCAGAGGAUGGACCGGAUGUUCGACCGGAUUAUAAGUCAACGGAUGGGAAUGGAUAAGGGAAGUAAAGGGAACGGUGGAGAUUUUUUGAUGGUUUUGUUGAAUGCUAAGGAUGAAGAUGAAAACAUGUCCAUGAACCAUGUCAAGGCCUUGCUAAUGGAUAUGGUGCUUGGUGGUACAGACACAUCUUUGAACACAAUAGAGUUCGCAAUGGCAGAGCUUAUAAACAAACUGGAGAUCAUGAAGAGAGCUCAACAAGAGCUUGACAAGGUUGUGGGGAAAAACAACAUCGUCGAAGAAAAACAUAUCACUAAACUUCCAUACAUUCUCUCCAUUAUGAAAGAAACCCUAAGGCUUCACCCAGCUCUUCCUCUUCUAAUACCUCGCUGCCCAUCUGAAACCACGGUUAUAGGUGGCUACACAAUUCCUAAUGAUUCUAAGGUUUUCAUCAAUGUGUGGGCGAUUCAUAGAAAUCCGAACGUAUGGGAGAAUCCGUUGGAGUUUAAUCCUGAUAGGUUUCUUGAUAAAGGUUACGACUUUAGUGGUAAUGACUAUAGUUAUUUCCCGUUUGGAUCUGGCCGGAGAAUUUGUGCGGGAAUGGCCAUGGCCGAGAAAGUUGUUCUUUACAAUCUUGCAACGCUUUUGCAUUCUUUUGAUUGGAGAAUUGGGGAAGGAGAGAAAGUGGAGCUCGAGGAGAAGUUUGGGAUUUUAUUGAAGUUGAAGAAUCCACUUGUUGCAACACCCGUGCUAAGAUUGUCGGAUCCAAACCUUUUUCUUUAACAGUUUAAGUGAAAGGAGAAAAGUAAUUGCUCUUUUUGUUUAUGUGAACUUAUAUAAUGUUCAAUGUGACGGUGUCUUAUCUAAUGCCGUAUUAUGUAUUGUUACAUAUAUGAUGAUUCCACCUAUAUUUUAGUACUAUGCAUGAUGUAAUAUGUGUUUUAGACAUGGUCGCAUGGACUAUAUAUGUCCACAUAUCCAAAUCCAAGUGAUUUCAUGAAAAAAUCUUCAAUGUUAUAUGCUCUUUUGUUGAAAACUACACUGAUUCUUA